AUCCCUUCACCAGCUUCCAGACAGCUAUGACAAUAUUAUAAAUGUCUGAAGGGUGAGACACUUGGCUUGUGGAGCCAUGCAUAUGCCCCGGGGAGGAAGAUUCAUUCUCCAUCACUGACCGAACGCCGUGUGAAACGCACUUGCUUUGUGAACUGCUUGACCUUUGACCUCAUGGCUAGCACCGAGAUACCCAGUGUCUCCCCUGCACCCACUGAAGGGGACUCAAAGCAAAAACAGACCCUGCCUGCUGCUGAUAUAGUGGUGCUUGUUGUGUAUUUCCUGUUGAUCCUGGCAGUAGGAAUAUGGUCUAUGUGGAAAACUAAGAGAAGCACAGUGAAUGGAUAUUUUCUAGCAGGCAAAAACAUGUCUUGGUGGCCGGUGGGCACGUCUCUGUUUGCCAGUAACGUGGGCAGUGGUCACUUCAUGGGGCUGGCUGGGUCAGGGGCUGCAUCUGGCAUCGGCACUACGGCAUACGAGUGGAAUGGUAUGCUAAUGGUCCUGCUCUUAGGUUGGCUCUUCCUGCCCAUCUACAUCGCUUCAGGGGUGACAACUAUGCCUGAGUAUCUCCAGCGAAGAUUUGGAGGCAAAAGAAUACAGAUUUUUAUUGCUGUCUUGUAUUUACUUAUUUACAUCUUCACAAAAAUAUCAGUGGAUAUGUAUGCCGGUGCUGUGUUCAUUCACCAGGCUCUUGGCUGGGAUAUUUAUCUAGCGGUGAUUCUUCUCCUCGUCAUUACUGCACUCUACACAGUAGCAGGUGGUCUCGCAGCGGUCAUCUACACUGAUGCGGCUCAAACUCUCAUCAUGCUGGUGGGGGCCCUGACCCUCAUGGGCUUCAGUUUUGUGGAGGUUGGGGGUUGGCAGGCUCUCUUUGAUGGCUACAGUAACGCCAUCCCCUCAGUCAGAGACCCAAACACUACCUGUGGGAUCCCACGUGAAGAUGCCUUCCACCUGUUCCGCGAUCCUGUGACCUCUGACCUGCCCUGGCCAGGCGUGCUGCUGGGCAUGUCUAUCCCCUCCAUGUGGUACUGGUGUUCUGACCAGGUUAUAGUGCAGCGCUCACUGGCUGCUAAGAACCUGCUGCAUGCUAAAGGAGGCUCUCUACUGGCUUCUUAUCUCAAAGUCCUGCCCUUUUUCAUGAUGGUGCUGCCAGGCAUGAUCAGCAGAAUCCUGUUUCCAGAUGAGGUGGGCUGUGCAGACCCUGUGGCAUGUAAAGAGAUCUGUGGAAAUUCUGUGGGCUGCUCGGACAUUGCUUACGCCAAACUGGUCAUGGAACUCCUUCCUUCAGGUUUGCGGGGUCUGAUGAUGGCUGUGAUGCUGGCGGCUCUUAUGUCAUCUCUGACUUCCAUCUUCAACAGCUCCAGCACUCUGUUCACCAUGGACCUGUGGAGACACUUCCGCCGCGCUGCCUCUGAGUGGGAGCUCAUGAUUGUGGGCAGAGUGUUCGUGCUGGUGUUAGUGGUGGUGUCAGUGUUAUGGAUCCCCCUGGUUCAGUCCAGUCAGGGUGGUCAGCUCUUUAUCUACAUCCAGUCCGUCAGCACCUACCUGCAGCCACCUGUGUCUGUGGUGUUCAUAGCUGGCUGCUUCUGGAGAAGGACCAAUGAGAAGGGGGCAUUCUGGGGUUUGGUGCUGGGGCUGCUGGUGGGAGUUCUGCGGAUGAUUCUGGAUUUCGUCUACCCCCUCCCACAGUGCUACGAAACAGACAACAGGCCUGAUAUUAUCAAAUACGUUCACUACCUAUAUUUCUCCAUCAUCCUCUCCCUGUUCACCCUCGCUGUGGUGGUGUGUGUGAGCUUGGCCACAGAGAAACCCACAGAAGAGCAGAUAAGUCGGCUGACGUGGUUCACGAGGUUUGAUCCUGUGCAGAGCAGUGAGGCAGAUAAAGAAGCUGGAAUCUUUUCACUCAAGAACAGAGUACAUCCUGAAAAUGAAAAGAGCAACGGAAACAUAGAAGAGCACUCGAAAGACCCAGCCAGUACGGCUCAGGCUGAGAAGACCAUUAGGUCUAAGCUGAAGUCUACUUUGCUCUGGCUGUGCGGGAUGGAUCAGGGGUCUGGAGAGAAAGCCCCUCCUCCUCCGUCUGAGGUUGUGGUGUGUUCCCUGGAGGAGGACCCCUGCCUGAAGCACGUGGUCAACGCCAAUCUUAUUGUCUGCCUGUCAGUUGCAGUGUUUCUCUUUGCCUACUGGGCAUGACAGGUCUUCAUACCACUGGAGCCAAC